AUGACGCUGGACGCCUCCAAAUUCGGUCGCCAGCCCUCGGUGACACUUCAGCGGCGAUUGAGAGAGCAAUAUCGUCGGUUUUCCUGGACAGCAACACCAUCAGACUCAAUAUACGCAGGUAUUACAAUCUCACUCUCGGAGCAGCGAGGAUCCACGAUCGCAGUAGCAAUUCGAGAUGCAACCUAUCUACUCGAUUUUAUCGAGAAAAAGUACGGUCCGGAGGAACAUCAGCCGUGUUCUGCGGAGGCUGUGGACUUUACCAUUUCGCAGCUCAAAUGUUACGCUGAGAAACACAUGGAGAAAGUCGUCGGCAUUGCCAUGCACAAGCAUGUAGCCAGUCUUUGUCCAGAUUUGUGCUCUCGACUAUGGGCGGAGCUCGACAUUAUACCUUUGGUGUUGCCAGGGCUGAGCUUGCUCGGCCGAUUCGCUUCGAACGGACGAGGGCAAUCUCGGCCCUGGGAGAUGAAAGAUAUUGAUGAACAGGCCGAGUCAAUGGCACGAAAAUGCGUCAGGCUAUUUGGACCCGAGAAUUGUCCCUUGUUGCAAGUGGGCAACAUGGGAAUCGUCGAAGUCGACACCGAUUUCCACGUGCGCCUCACAAACCUCAGCGACUUUGAGCGGACUGUUUCUGCUGCAACCUGGAAAGCCUGCAACUACUUUGCUGAGGAUCUUAAGCAACGCGGUGUGAAGAUUGCAUUCUUCAGUGCCACUCCUCAAGGUGGAGGCGUUGCUUUGAUGAGGCAUGCCCUGUUGCGAUUUUCGCACUCGCUGGGGACGGACAUCAAGUGGUAUGUGCCUCGACCACGACCAGGUGUCUUCCGAGUCACCAAGCGCAAGCAUAACAUUCUGCAAGGAAUCACACCACCGGAGGAGCGACUGACUGCCGAUGACAGCAAUCUGUUGGCAGCCUGGAUCGAAGACAAUGUCAAACGAUACUGGUCUGUGCCCGGAGGUCCACUUCGUGCACCGGCCGAAGGAGGCGCAGAUGUGCUGGUAGUGGAUGACCCUCAAAUGCCAGGUCUCAUCCCCAUUGCCAAGAAGAUAGCUCCAGAUCGACCGAUCAUCUUCCGCAGCCAUAUUCAAAUUCGGAGCGAUUUGGUGGAUCAACCGGGGACCUCCCAAGCAGAGGCAUGGAAAUUUAUGUGGAAUAAUGUGAAGCAAGCAGAUUGUUUCAUCGCUCAUCCUGUGAAGGCAUUCGUACCGCGGGAUGUACCCUCCGAGAUGGUCGGAUACAUGCCUGCAACGACUGACUGGUUGGACGGACUGAACAAAGACAUGAGAGAUUGGGACAUUGCACAUUAUGGGCGUUUGUUCAACGUCGCUUGCAAGAACGCUGAAAUGCCGCAAAUCCAUCACCCGGAUGAUCAAUACAUUGUCCAGAUUGCUCGGUUUGAUCCUUCAAAGGGCAUUCUUGAUGUAUUAGAAGCAUAUCAGAAGUUUCACCACCGACUGACGCGUGAACGCCCAGACUUGACACCACCCAAGCUUCUGAUAUGCGGCCAUGGCUCAGUCGAUGAUCCGGACGGGGCUGUUGUCUAUGACCAAAUUGUCAAUCACAUCGAAACCCAAAGCCCACAUCUUCGCGAGCUUGUCUGCGCAGUCCGACUUCGACCAUCAGAUCAGGUGUUGAAUGCGGUUCUUUCAAAGGCGAUUAUUGCACUGCAAUUGUCGACUCGGGAAGGGUUCGAAGUCAAGGUCUCCGAGGCUAUUCACAAGGGUGUUCCUGUGAUUGCAACCCGUGCCGGUGGUCUUCCUCUGCAAAUUGAGGACGGUCUCAAUGGGUUUCUAGCCGAUAUCGGUGAUACUGACACUGUUGCGCGGCAUCUUUUCGAGCUCUUGACGAAUAAGGCACUGUACCGACGAAUUUCAGACUAUGCGAAAAGCCAUGUCUUUGAUGAAGUCAGUACGGUGGGCAAUGCAUUAAGCUGGCUCUAUCUUGCGUCCAAGUUCACCAGCGACGGCCAUGUCAAACCGAAUGAGCAGUGGAUCAACAGCUUGGCGUUCGCAGAGAGCGGCGUGCCCAUUCCUCCGGACAUGCCUCGUCUUACUCGAGAAGUCGAAGUUGAACGAAUGGGAUAG